GCUGAUGACAGCACUCUGAGUUAAAUAAAAUUGAAAACGUUAUGUGUAGGUAGGUAUAUUAAAACAAUUGAGAUUUGUUAUAUGUGCACACUCUGUGUAUAUGUGCAAAAAGGCAUGAAAAACGGGCUCGAGUGCAAGUUUUAUUAAAUUUUGUGUACUAAAUGCUAGAGUUUCCGAGACAAUUUUCUAUAAAGCUUUAAAGUUUCUUUUUUAACCCAUAAACAUUCCCAAAAUAUUACCAACGGUAACCUAACCAACUGUUUGCAUUUUAUUGGGCACGAUUUGAUCGGUUAUUGUUUCCAUAGGUGAAAGGGCAAUUUGGCCUGGUUUGGACCUGGAAAAUAUCCUGUUACAAGUUGUAACUUACAACUCAUUGAGACUGCUGAUGUAACAAUAUGAUGUUUUAAUGUAGGUUUGUAAACAAAUAUGACUAUCAAUAAUAAUUUAUCAUAAAGCUUAAUAUGAUGUAAUAUUAACAAUACGUGUAUGCAAUAUUGCAUAACAUUAUCGCAUUCUAAUAAAAUAUAAUGUUUGUAUUAAAAUUAAAUUAAUCUGUUUUUAAUUUAAUUCUAUAUUUAGAAGUGCCAAAUUAGUAUAACAAAUAGCUAUUAGUUUUAUCGCUAUCUUUACUCAACGGUUUUAUCAAGUAAAAUAAAUAUAACACAGAAUAAUUCUGAAGUACCUAUGGGAAAAUAAUAAUUAUUAAAAUAAGUAAAUAAAAAUAUUAUAGGUAUUGUAGCGGCAGUACCUUCUCUACACAGGUACAAAAACAUCAUAAACCCAUGCAAAAAUCAUAAAACAUUUAUUAUAACUAAGUGACAAAAUGUACAAUGAACUAAUCCUACCCGCAUAGAGUUUUUUCCAGCCCACCUUUAUAACACAACCUAUCCAAAUUACCUACUAUCUCAUUUCUCAGCAAUUCGGAAAAAUCUGACUUAAGUCCCGAACGCAGACCGACGUCAUUGCACGUGACGUCAGUACUUCCCCUUCCUGAUUUUAUAAAUCCAUUUAUUUUCCUAGCUAAUAAAUCAGUUGACACCACAAUCCAAGCCAAGACACUCCAACUUCUUUGAAAAUUCUCUUGGGCCGAGACAGCUGUCUCGGCUUAACCUCCGUUAAUAGGAGGGGAGCAGAUAAAUCAUUUAAAAGACCCGGUAUUACUAUGGAUUAUUAAACUAAGCAUUGCUGCUGUGGUACAUGUAACUAAUAGAACGCUAGUGAAGGUCGUAAUAUUUACAAUGAAUGGUGUAAACAAUAUUAAUUCUAUUGUGGACAAAAUAGCAAAAAGCAUCCCGUUAGCUGAGUACGAUGUGGAGUACGGCGAAGGCAAUGAAAAAGGGGAAGGAUAUUUGGGCGAAAUGUUUUUUGUUAAAAUAACCCCAAAGGGAAAUAAAAAUACCUACAACAUUGCAAUUAAACGGGCUUUCACCGAUAAACCAGUCCGGGAAGAAAUGCCCAUCAGGGAGGUUUAUUUAAAUGAAGUAUUUUUCUACAAGGAGUGCUAUCCUGUUUUGCAGCAAUUACAAAGUGAGCUGGAUUUACCAAAAUUUAAUAAUGUCCCUAAAUGUUUUUACACAAGCACGGAACCCGAAAACGAAUAUCUCGCAAUGGAAAAUUUAAAGGCAUCAGGCUUCGAGCUGUUUCCCAAAGAAAAAAUUGUACCUUACGAUUAUUUCGAAUUUAUUUUCAAAAUCUACGCCAAUCUACACGCAACAUCCUUUGUAUUAGGAAAAACUCAACCGGAAAAGUUCGAAAAACUCACAUCAAAUUUAAGAAAACUCUCCACACAUUUCUUCAGUAAUUCUGCUUUUAAUAAUGUGUGGAAUGAUAUGAUCGCACAGGCAGGGGAAAAAUUAAUACCUGGCCAGGACAACAAAGCUAUACAAGUUUUUAAACAAAAGUAUUCUAACGGACUUUCUGUCUUCAUGGACUCUUGGGGAUAUAAUGGAAAACACCCUGUCAUAAAUCAUGGAGACUGUUGGAGCAACAAUAUGAUGUUUAAAUUUAACAAACAAAGAGAACUGAUAGACCUAAAGAUGUUAGACUGGCAACUACUAAAAGUGGGAUCCACAGUCCAUGAUUUAUCACACUGCCUGUACUCAGGAGGUUCAAAGGACACUUUCGAUAGACUGGACGAUCUUCUCCAAGUCUACUACAAAAGUUUCAGUGAUGUUUUGAAAAAGGCAGGCCUAAAUUCCGAAGAAGUCUACCCGUAUUCCUUGCUGAAAGAAGAAUGGAAAACAUAUUGCACUUAUGGUUGGAUCCUGGGGUUAACGAUAAUUAGAAUGAAGUUAACAAAUCAAGAGGACAAAGUUGAUUUAAUUGAAAUGAGUAGCAGUGAUAAUAAGGAAGAAAUGGCUAAGAAAAUAUUCGAAGGAAAACCGUGUGAAGAAUACGACAGAAGAGUAAGGGAAUUGAUUCUUCACUUACACGAAAUUGGAGCAUUAUAA